GUGUCCAGUGGUUGCGUCGGAGGCGACUCCGGCACUGAGCCUUAUGUGGUUGCCCACCACUUGCUCCUUGGUCACGCAGCAAUUGUGAAAUUGUACAAGAAGAAAUACCAGGCAUCUCAAAAGGGCCAGAUAGGAAUUGUUCUCGUCACUCAUUGGAUGGUGCCCUACUCCAGCAGCAAAUCGAAUCAUAAAGCAGCCCAACGAGCCCUUGAUUUUAUGUUGGGAUGGUUUAUACACCCAUUAACUUAUGGCGACUAUCCAAAAAGCAUGCGUACCUUCGUCGGAAGACAUUUACCGACGUUUAUGGCUGAGCAAGCUAUGAUGGUGAAAGGGUCUUUUGGUUUCCUUGGGCUAAAUUACUAUACUGGAAAUUAUGCAUCUAAUGUUCCUUUUGCCAAUAGUAUUAAUGUCAGCUACUCUACAGAUUCACUCGCUAAUCUUACAAGAGUCGAUAUUGCACCAAUUAAAAAUCAUGAAUAUGAAUAA